GUUGUAGUUUCUGAGGGUUGAAGUCUGAAUGACCGAGGGACCUGAGAACCACCCCCUACACCAUCUCACCCUGUCUCACCCGCCUCCCCUAGAGGGAGAGAGCAGCCACUACAGCCAACAUGGUGCUGUCACAAAGACAACGAGACGAACUGUGAGUACACACACACUAGUGAUGUGGUGGGGGCGGGGAUCGGUAGUUACAUUUCGCAAUAUUAUUUUGGACAAUAUUAUAUUCAUACUUUGACUCAAGUAUCGAUUUGUAAUGCUUGGUAGCGUUAGCUAGCGCUAGUCGGCUGUUCAUGUGACAAAACGCAGAUAUUUUUCAUCCUGUAGAUUGUUCUAAAUCUUAUUUUUAAAUAGUGAGCCAACAUGUUUUCAACACUUAUUUCCAUGACUGAUCAAAACUAAUUUUCUCAUGCUCUUGUGUCUCUGCAGCAGAAAUAUAGUGAGCAAUAUGUUUGGAACAUCAAAUCGCAAUACAAUCUCAGUAUCAAAUCGCAAUACAUAUAGAAUCGCAAUACAUAUAGAAUCGCAAUACAUAUCGUAUUGUGAGGUCCCUGGCAAUUCCCAGCCCAACAUCUUUUGGGGGGGAUGUGUAUUCUGUGUAAAUGUUUGUUCUGUAGUAUAAUUGUGAAGGUGUGUGUGGUGUAAAUGUGGAGGGACGUGUGUGUGUGUGUGUUAGGGUGUUUUCACACUUGGUCCCUUUCAGCCAAUUUUUUUGAACUUAGUACGUUUUGCUUAAUUUUUUGUGAAGUGUGAACACUCCAAAGGAACUCAGACCCCUUAAAAGAACCCCUGAACCGAACUGAGAGGUGGUCUGAGUUCUCUCUUUUGUGGCACCAAUGUGAGGGUUUAUGGCAGGGUAAAAGGUGGGUGGUGCGGGAAUAAUGACAAGCGAAUCUGGUGAGCUUUGCGUUAACAUUGCCCUAAAAAAGGGAACCGGACCACGGAAUUCAGACCACCUCUCAAGAUGGUCUCCGUUCGCUUCAGUGGCUCUUUUGAGGGGUCUGAGUUCCUUUUGAGUGUCCACAAAAAUGUGGCUGUAAGGGAACAAGUGUGAAAACACCCAUAGAUGGGCAUUUGAAAUUAUUUCACUAUUUAAAUAAUAUCAUUCUUUUUUUUUGCAGAUAUCCGGAUAAUUGAAAUUCAAAAGAAAAUUGCUGUAGUCUCUAGACCAAUCAGAAUGACGCUUAAUUAUAGUGAAUUUGAAAAUUGCAAUCUUCGUGGGCAAUAUGUAAGUCGCUCUGGAUAAGAGCGUCUGCUAAAUGACUAAAAUGUAAAUGUAAAUGUAAUAUUAGUGUAAAACAAAAAAGACAAUCAUGGUACCAAUAAUUGCUUCUGUUACACCAGAUGUACAGUGCAUUCGAAAAGUAUUCGGACCCCUUGACUUUUUCCACAUUUUGUUACGUUACAGCCUUAUUCUAAAAUGGAUUAAAUAAAAUUUUCCUAAUUUAAUCUACAAACAAUACCCCAUAAUGACAAAGAGAAAACAGAUUUUUAGUAUUCAGAAUCUUUGCUAUGAGACUUGAAAUUGAGCUCAGGUGCAUCCUGUUUCCAUUGAUCAUCCUUGAGAUGUUUCUACAACUUGAUUGCAGUCCACCUGUGGUAAAUUCAAUUGAUUGGACAUGAUUUGGACAGGCACACACCUGUCUAUAUAAGGUCCCACAGUUGACAGUGCAUGUCAGAGCAAAAACCAAGCCAUGAGGUUGAAGUAAAUGUUCGUAGAGCUCCGAGACAGGAUUUUGUCGAGGCACAGAUCUGAGGAAGGGUAACAAAAAAUGUCUGCAGCAUUGAAGGUCCCCAAGAACACAGUGGCCUCCAUCAUUCUUAAAUGGAAGAAGUUUGGAACCACCAAGACUCUUCCUAGACCUGGCCGCCCGGUCAAACUGAGCAAUCGGUGGAGAAGGGCCUUGGUCAGGGAGGUGAACAAGAACCCGAUGGUCAUUCUGACAUAGCUCCAGAGUUCCUCUGUGGAGAUGGGAGAACCUUCCAGAAGGACAACCAUCUCUGCACCACUCCACCAAGCAGGCCUUUAUGGAGAGUGGCCAGACGGAAGCCACUCCUCAGUAAAAGGCACAUGACAGCCUGCUUGGAGUUUGCCAAAAGGCACCUAAAGGACUCUCAGACCAUGAGAAACAAGAUUCUCUGGUCUGAUGAAAAAAAAAACCAAGCCAUGAGGUGGAAGGAAUUGUCCGUAUAGCUCCAAGACAGGAUUAUGUUGAGGCACAGAUCUGGGAAAGGGUACCAAAACAUUUCUGCACCAUUAAAGGUCCCCAAGAACACAGUGGCCUCCAUCAUUCUUAAAUGGAAGAAGUUUGGAAUCACCAAGACUCUUCCUAGAUCGGGCCGCCCGGCCAAACUGAGCAAUCGAGGGAGGUGACCAAGAACCCGAUAGUCACUCUGACCGAGCUCCAGAGUUCCUCUGUGGAGAUGGGAGAACCUUCCAGAAGGACAAACAUCUCUGCAGCACUCCACCAAUCAGGCCUUUAUGGUAGAGUGGCCAGACGUAAGCCACUCCUCAGUUUGCCAAAAGGCAGCUAAAGGACUUUCAGACCAUGAGAAACAAGAUUCUCUGGUCUGAUGAAACCAAGAUUGAACUCUUUGGCCUGAAUGCCAAGGGUCACGUCUGGAGGAAACAUGGCACCAUCCCAAUGGUGAAGCAUGGUGGUGGCAGCAUCAUGCUGUGGGGAUGUUUUUCAGCGGCAGGGACUGGGAGACUAGUCAGGAUCGAGGGAAAGAUGAACGGAGCAAAGUACAGAGAGAUCCUUGAUGAAAACUAAUCAGGACCUCAGACUGGGGCGAAGGUUCACCUUCCAACAGGACAACCACCCCAAGCACACAGCCAAGACAACGCAAGAGUGGCUUCGGGACAAGUCUCUGAAUGUCCUUGAGUGGCCCAGCCAGAGCCCGGACUUGAACCUGAUCGAACAUCUCUGGAGAGACCUGAAAAUAGCUGUGCAGUGACACUCCCCAUCCAACCUGAAGAGCUUGAGAGGAUCUGUAGAGAAGAAUGUGAGAAACUCCCCCAAGCUUCUAGCGUCAUACCCAAUAAGAUCUCGAGGCUGUAAUCGCUGCCAAAGGUGCUUCAACAAAAUACUAAGUGAAGGGUCUGAAUACUUAUGUUAAUGUUUUUCAGUAGAUUUGUUUAUACAUUUAUAAAAACCUGUUUUUGCCUUGUAAUUAUGGGGUAUUGUUUGUAGAUUGAUGCGGAAAAAUAACAAUUUAAUAAAUUUUAGAAUAGGGCUGGAACGUAACAAAGUGUGGAAAAAGUCAAGGGUUCUGAAUACUUUCCGAAUGCACUGUGUAUAUAUACAGUACCAGUCAAAAGUUUGGACACCUACUCAUUCAAGGAUCUUUCUUUAUUUGUACUAUUUGCUACAUUGUAGAAUAAUAGUGAAGACAUCAAAACUAUGAAAUAACACAUGGAAUCAUGUAGUAAUCAAAAAAGUGUUAAACAAAUCAAAAUAUAUUUGAGAUUCUUCAAAUAGCCACCCUUUGCCUUUAUGACAGCUUUGCACACUAUUGGCAUUCUCUCAACCAGCUUCACCUGGAAUGCUUUUCCAACAGUCUUGAAGGAGUUCCCACAUGCUGAGCACUUGUUGGCUCCUUUUCUUUCACUCUGCCGUCCGACUCAUCCCAAACCAUCUCAAUUGGGUUGAAGUCGGGGGAUUGUGGAGGCCAGGUCAUCUGAUGCAGCACUCCGUCACUCUCCUUCUUUAUAAAAUAGCCCUUACACAGCCUGGAGGUGUGUUGGGUCAUUGUCCUGUUGAAAAACAAAUGAUAGUCCCACUAAGCACAAACCAGAUGGGAUGGCGUAUCGCUGCGUAAUGCUGUGGUACCCAUGCUGGUUAAGUGUGCCUUGAAUUCUAAAUAAAUCACAGCCAGUCACCAGCAAAGCACCCCCACACUAUAACACCACCUCCUCCAUGCUUUACGGUGGGAACUACACAUGCGGAGAUCAUCCGUUCACCCACACAGCAUCUCAGAAAGACAUGGCGGUUGGAACCAAAAAUCUCAAAUUUGGACUCCAGACCAAAGGACAAAUAAGAAGGCUCACCUGUUAAUUGAAACGCAUGCCAGGUGACUACCUCAUGAAGUUGGUUGAGAGAAUGCCAAGAGUGUGCAACGCUGUCAUCAAGGCAAAGGGUUGCUAUUUGAAGAAUCUCAAAUAUAAGAUAUAUUUUGAUUUAACACUUUUUUUGGUUACUACAUGAUUCCAAAUGUGUUAUUUCAUCGUUUUGAUGUCUUCGCUAUUAUUCUACAAUGUAAAAAAUAGUAAAAAUAAAGAAAAACCCUUGAAUGAGUAGGUUUGUCCAAACUUUUGACUGGUAGUGUAUAUAAUAAAAAUUAUGUAAUAUAUGCAGCACCCUCAUCACACCUACUUCCCACCACUAUGGCCAAGGGAUGACCUCAUAGAGACACACACACACCACAUUCUCUGAAAGAAUUGUGCACACACUCACGUUCUCUCUCCGACGGACACGCCCAUUCUCACUCACUCUCACACACUCAUACUCUCUCACUCACUCACACGUUACAACUAUCCAGCAGCCAGUUGAGUGCUGAAGUCAGAGCCAAAAAAGUGUUGCUGCUCAUAGAAAAUGUAGCCAUGCUGCCACUCAGAAAUACAACUGUUUGUUUGUGUGGUUUGGGCCGGGUCGGUCAGUUGAUCUGCUUCUCCUGAGUGUUCUAUCCCUCCAGCGGUUGGCAUGUUUCCAUGACAACCAUAAACACACUCUGUCUGUGAUUCAAUCCUCAGCGUCGUUUUCCUAGAGGAAACAUAUCACUGGAGAUCACACUCGAGCACACACACCCACUUUCACUGCAGCACAGCUUCUGCCAGACAGACAGGGUGUGGUCUCUAUCUGUCUUAACGUGGAAGUGAGAGUUCUCUUAAGGUGGAACUGCUGAUAUUGCUGUCAGCCGAGGAUACGUUUAGCAAUGAGUCAUCACAGAAAAUACUGAGUCAAUGAAACAUGCUAGGUUGAAACUGUAAUGGUGCACUAACGCAAUGUACGUUACAUAUUGUUGAUUUUGUUGGUUACAUACCAUUUAUGAAGACUCUGAAAACCUUACAAUAUAAUGUGCGUUAACCCCUUACUCUCUUGGAAAUUGGCAUAUAUGGAUAGGGCCAUAUUGAAAUGUUUCUAACAGAAGAAAUAUAAAAUCAUAUGCAAUUGAAAGGGAACACUUUGGAGAUCAGUUCACCAGACACAAGAUUGAAUCCAAACAUUACACAUUUGAUUUUUUGCAUUUUACAUUUACUGUAAUUAUCACAGCCUUUGUCAGUAAAGAAAUCUGAAAAUACUCUGGAUACAUUCAGUAACAUAAUAAGAAUGCUCAUUGACAUUUUGGAGUAGGUGCAAGAUAAGAAAAAACGAUUACAAGGGUUUGAGUGGGAGGUCUAACUGGUGUCUCCAAGUGGCCCCACACCUCUCCAAACUGCACAGUUCCUAAGUCAUUUCAAUGCACUUUUAUGACUCAAGGAAAGAGCCUUCAACUAUAAGGUGCUUUAUUGAGCUCUCCCAGCUUUGCUGUUGAGGAACUGAAGCAAGCCCACUUGCAGUUUUUUGUUUGGAACACAACCCUGUGUCCCCACCAUAGCACAAUUACUGUUAGGUACGCAAUCCCAAAAUCUGGGUCAGGUGGGCAUAACUUGAAAGCUUAUUCUAUUGCCAACAUGGAUAGUUAUAAAAUACGAUCUUACAGUGUUAGGCUUUCAGACGGCACUUCAGAAAAACGGAUUGUAAUUUUGAUGCGCAUAGAAUGCAUUCAAGUGCGUGUUCCACGGCUAAUUUUCUUCACAAUAUGACAAACGGGCUCGUUCUGUUCAGGACAACCCAGGGUAUAACGCAUGUAUGUCAUCCUUGUAACUGUGGAUCAAACAUGGCGAUCAUAAACAUUGAUAAUGGAAAUGUGAAGUGCAGAUUUGGACUCAAGGGUGUGUGGUUUGCUUCUAUGACAUCAAAGCAGUAUUAUAAUACUCAAUGUUUCCCUCACUCAGACAACAAAUGUGCAACAGUAGCCCAAUUAGCUGGAGGGAUGGAGGCAUCUUGUCGCUCAACUUUAUAAUGGCUGUCAGUCAAAACCCAUACAGCCGCUGUGAAGCGGAGAACCUGAGCUCUGACGUCAUGUAUAGCAUGUCUCUGUACAGCCACUGCGUUCCAAUUUAGGUGCUUAUAAAUGGCCAAAUCUGCCAUUUUCAACACAUUUACGGGAUGACGGGCUGUGACUGGAAAGGACUACCAAAUCUGUUGUUUUCUCUUCCUCUCUCUGUGUUAGAAACCGAGCGAUAGCAGACUACCUACGCUCCAACGGCUAUGAGGAAGCCUACUCCACCUUCAAGAAAGAGGCUGAGUUAGAUAUGGUAAGAGCACACACUAACUAACCCCACAACUUCCAUGAUUACAACAGCCACACUAACCUAUUCUUUAUUUCCUUACAACAAUUGAAAACCUACAAAUCACUCUCUCAUAUUUCCAUCUAUGUCUCCCUUCCCACACUUCCACAGAAUGAGGAGUUAGAUAAGAAGUACGCUGGUCUUUUGGAAAAGAAAUGGACCUCUGUCAUCAGAUUACAGAAGAAGGUGAUUGUUGACGUCACGUUUGUGGUGUUAUGGUAUUUGAUGUGUAUGUCAGUUGGCUGUGACUGUGUUGUAUGUGUGUACAGUGCAUUCGGAAAGUAUUCAGACUCCUACACUUUUUCCACAUUUUGUUAUGUUACAGCCUUAUUCUAAAAUUGUUUUGUUUAAAAAAAAUCCCCUCAUCAAUCUACACACACAUACCCCAUAAUGACAAAGCAAAAACAGGUUUUUAGACAUUUUUGCAAAUUUUAUAUAACAUUUAAGACUUAAAUCACAUUUACAAUAAGUAUUCAGACACUUGGCAUACAGGCCAAAGAGUUCAAUCUUGGUUUCAUCAGACUGGUCUGAGAGUCCUUUAGGUGCCUUUUGGCAAACCCCAAGUGGGCUGUCAUGUGCCUUUUACUGAGGAGUGGCUUCCAUCUACCAUAAAGGCCUGAUUGGUUGAGUGCUGCAGAGAUGGUUGUCCUUCUGGAAGGUUCUCCCAUCUCUACAGAGGAACUCUGGAGCUCAUGUCAGAGUGACCAUCGGGUUCUUGGUCAUCUCCCUGACAAAGGCCCUUCUCCCUCGGGCGGCCAGCUCUAGGAAGAGUCUUGGUGGUUCCAAACUUCUCCCAUUUAAGAAUGAUGGAGGCCACUGUGUUCUUGGGGACCUUCAAUGCUGCAAAACAUUUUUGGUACCCUUCCCCAGAUCUGUACCUCCACAUAAUCCUGUCUCUGAGCUCAACGGACAAUUCCUUUGACCUCAUGGCUUGGUUUUUGCUCUGACAUUCACUGUCAACUGUGGAACCUUUUAAAUAGACAGGUGUGUGCCUUUCCAAAUCAUGUCCAAUCAAUUGAAUUUACCACAGGUGGACUCCAAUCAAGUUGUAGAAACAUCUCAAGGAUGAUCAAUGGAAACAGGAUGCCCCAUAGUUCAAUUUUGAGUCUCAUAGCAAAGGGUCUGAAUACUUAUGUAAAUAAGGUAUUUCUGUAUUUUAUUUUCAAUACAUUUGCAAAAAUGUCUACAAACCUGUUUUCGCUUUGUCAUUAUGGGGUAUUGUCUGUAGAUUGAGUUAAAAAAAAAUGUAUUUAAUCAAUUGUAGAAUAAGGCUGUAAUGUAACAAAAUGUGGAAAAGUGAAUGGGUCUGAAUGCGCUGUAUAUCUGGAGUAUGAGUGAAACAACGCUGUGUUGGAGAACAAUAAACAACCAACUGAACUAAUACCUCAUUAUUCCUCUUCUCCUGUUGUCCUCUUUUCCACCCCUUAUCUUCCAACUAUUCCUUCUUUCCUACCUCUCUCAACCCUCUCUCCCAACCCCCCCUUCUCUCCCCCAGGUGAUGGAGCUGGAGUCGAAGCUGAACGAGGCCAAAGAGGAGAUUACUCUAGGGGGUCCGGUGGCCCAGAAGAGGGACCCUAAGGAGUGGAUCCCCCGUCCCCCAGAGAGAUACGCCCUGAGCGGCCACCGCUCCCCCGUCACACGGGUCAUCUUCCAUCCUGUCUUCUCCGUCAUGGUCACCUCCUCCGAGGACGCCACCAUCAAGGUGUGUGCGUGUGCUUCAAUCAUUUGCUAAGCUCUUGGUUUAAAAGUACAGCAAAAGUGUAUGUGGACCAGGGAGCCAUAGUGUGAUGCUGCCACGAGGUGAUAGGCACAUAACUUGCAAGGUUAAACCUUUAUGUGUAUUUUCAUGUUAUGUUAUGUAGCCAGUUCUGACUGCAUUAUUUUCACUGUCAAAUCUAAGAUGGCCGCCAUUGUCAGUUUGGCGGGCUAUCCUUUUAAGACGGCAUUUCUCUUUUAGAAAUGGAGGAGAGUUUUGAAAUGUUUGGUGUGUACCUGGCUGAGGUUCUAUUUGUUUGGAAAAACCUUUUUAAGAACCUAUAUUAGUCAUUCCAUUUAAUAAUUGUUGAUCAUUCUUGUGGAUUGUUAACCCCAACGACAAAGAAUUCAUAUGUUGAUCGUUUUAGAGGAUGCCAUGAACAUUGAGCUGUUAUAAGGAAAUCUCCACCAGGCCGGAUUUUCCUCUUCCUCAACCAUCCGGUGAGAUUGAUCCUGUUGACAGUAUUAUAUUGUGCCUGUAUUGGAUUACUUAGAUCUUUUGCAUUUUGAAGUGGCAUUGCUCAUUUUUUGCUUUUUGAUUGACUCUGAGAACAUUUUUAUUGGACUUGGACAUUCUGAACAUUAUUUGGGGUCUAAUUGAAUUGAGAUUGUGAAUUUAUACACUUUAUAUGAUAAUAUGCUUCUUUUGCUCAAUUUAUUAAUUUUGUCUGUCUUGCUUCGGUCACUCAUAUGAACACAGUAUUUCUUUGAACUUUUAUAUGGUAGCAUAGUUUGCGAUCCAAGCUGAUUGUUAGAGUGGAGGCCAGUACGGGGAGACUUGUUCCUUUUUAUUUUUAUGAGAGUUACGUUGUUGCUAAGAUGGCGUUUGUCGAGUCUGACCUUAGCCAUUUAGAGGUACAAGCAGACAUUGAGCCAGGGCAAGAUGAAGCAGGCCAAGGUACACCCCCUCAUCCCUGGGCCUGGUGUUACUUUUAGAAAUCCUGGGGCUGAAAUAUCAUCACUGUUUUGUGAGUUUUAUCUUGACAGUUCGGAAGAUGGUGGUGGUGGUGGUAAAAAUGCCACACUUACUACUACAGUUGAUUUGGAGGAAGUCAACAACACUGUCAAAUGAUUCCAAGAUCAAUUAAACACUCUGGAGAGAUUUCAAGGCUUCUCUGGAAAGUGCUGUGAACAGAAAGACCAGCUUCAGAGUAUGUGGAGCAACAAUUUGAGGCCAUGGUAGUGACAAUGAAAAACUCACUAGCCCAACUGGAGCAAGCAGUGGUGAAAUGUAUGCUCAGAAGAGAUGAGAAAUGUUAAAAGGAGAUCUCUAAAGUGAAAUCCACAAGCACCCCAACCUCUAGAACCUUCUGCUGUCAUACCCCUGAUGUCAGUAAUAUCCCAAAAGGAACGUCAUAAAGUUCCCAUAUGGAUUUUCCUACCUUUGGUGUAAACAGGGAUACUACAGCGGUUUUACAUUUCACUGAACAGUGUGUGAACUUCCUAACACUGAGACCUUUUUCUGAUGCAGAGCUUGUUGCAACCUUUUCCACAGUCCUCACAGGCCCUUCCAGGACCUGGUGGAUAGUACAUUUAAAAAAAAAAGUUUUAACAAUUGGGAAAAAUUAAAGAGUUUUACUGGUUGCUUUCUUACCGACAGAUUACCUGACUGAAGUUGAAGAACAGGUGAGAAUUUUUUUUCAAGAUCCAGACCAAUGGAUUCGGGACUUUGCCUGUGAUUACAGGACAUUGUGCCUGAAAUGGAAGCCGGACAUGUCAGAGACUGAGAUGGUGAGAAGGCUCUUGAAUAACUGCAAUCCAACUCUUGCUAGCAGUUUAAGAGGAUCUGUCAUGACUGUUGAGCAAUUUGUCAAAGUCAGCUCUAUGGUGGAAAACGUCAUGGCUUCAAAGAAGGACUACUUGGCCAAGGUGAAUAAUCAACAGUCACAAGAGAGAAAUGGGAAGAAACAAACACCAAGAUCAAAAGACUCCACAGAUGGUAGACCUACUGACCACAUGGCCAUAGCACAAGCUGAGUUUCCUGCCUUACUGGUAGUCCCCAUAGAAACUUGGAGCGCCCAAGGUGAGGCUGUGUUAGAUGCAGGAUGCACCUUUAGCUUGAUGCAGAAGCAGCUAUGGUAGCACUUGGCCAAACCAGGUGAGCAGCUCAUCACCUGGGAUUCCAGAGCCUUUGUGCUCACGGAUGGAAAGUCACACACAGCUGAAGGAAAGCCCAAUUCACUUGUGUGGCAUGGGACUGUGUGGACCCUGGAAACCUACAGUGCAUUUGGAAAGUAUUCAGACCCCUUCACUUUCUCCACAUGUUGUUACGUUACAGCCUUAUUCUAAAAUUGAUUAAUAAAUGUUUUUCCUCAAUCUACACACAAUACCCCAUAAUGACAAAGCGAAAACAGGUUUUUAGAGAUCUGCAAAUGUAUAAAAAAUAAACUGAAAUAACAUUUACAUAAGUAUUCAGACCCUUUACUCAGUACUUUGUUGAAGCACCUUUGGCAGCGAUUACAGCACUUGAUUUUUCUUGGGGAUGACGCUACAGGCUUGGCACACCUGUAUUUGGGGAGUUUCUCCCAUUCUUCUCUGUAGAUCCUCUCAUGCUCUGUCAGGUUGAAUGGGGAGUGUCACUGCACAGCUAUUUUCAGGUUUCUCCAGACAUGUUCGAUCGUGUUCAAGUCCGGGCUCUGGCUGGGCCACUCGAACAUUCAGAGGCUUGUCCCGAAUCCACUCCUGCAUUGUCUUGGCUUUGUUCUUAGGGUCGUUGUCCUGUUGGUAGGUGAACCUUCACCCCAGUCUGAGCACUCUGGAGCAGGUUUUCAUCAAGGAUCGCUCUGUACUUUACUCCGUAAAAUAUUUUCCUCGAUCCUGACUAGUCUCCCAGUCCCUGUCGCUGACAAACAUCCCCACAGCAUGAUGCUGCCACCACCAUGCUUCACCGUAGGGAUGGUGCCAGGUUUCAUCCAGACGUGACGCUUGGCAUUCAGGCCAAAGAGUUCAAUCUUGGUUUCAUCAGACCAGAGAUUCUUGUUUCUCAUGGUCAGAGAGUCCUUUAGGUGCCUUUUGGCGAACUCCAAGCGGGCUGUCAUGUGUCUUUUACUGAGGAGUGGCUUCCGUCUGGCCACUCUACCAUAAAGGCCUGCUUGGUGGAGUGGUGCAGAGAUGUUUGUCCUUCUGGAAGUUUCUCCCAUCUCCACAGAGGAACUCUGGAGCACUGUCAGAGUGACCAUCGGGUUCUUGGUCACCUCCCUGACCAAGGGCCUUCUCCCUCGAUUGCUUAGUUUGGCCGGGCGGCCUGCUCUAGGAAGAGUAUUAGUAGUUCCAAACUUCUUCCAUUUAUGAAUGAUGGAGGCCACUGUGUUCUUGGGGACCUUCAAUGCUGCAGAACUUUUUUGGUACCCUUCCCCAUAUCUGUGCCUCGACACAAUCCUGUCUCGGAGCUCUACGGACAAUUCCUUCGACCUCAUGGCUUGGUUUUUGCUCUGACAUGCACUGUGCCUUUCCAAAUCAUGUCCAAUCAACUGAAUUUACCACAGGUGGACUCCAAUCAAGUUGUAGAAACAUCUCAAGGAUGAUCAAUGGAAACAGGAUGCACCUGAGCUCAAUUUCGAGUCUCAUAGCAAAGGGUCUGAAUACUUAUGUAGAUAAGGUAUUUCUGUAUUUUAUUCUUAAUACAUUUCCCAAAAAAUCUAAACCUGGUUUUGUUUUGUCAUUAUGGGGUAUUGUGUGUAAAUUGAGAAUUUGUAUUUAUUUAAUCCUUUAAGAAUAAGGCUGUAACGUAACAAUGUCUGAAUACUUUCCGAAUGCAGUCUAUACCCCGCUUUGCUGACCUUUCCUCUCCUUUGAACAACCUCAUGCGGAAAGGAGUGAAGUGGGACUGGACAGAGAAAUGCCAGCAGUGGUGUGGACCAGCUAAAGAUCACCCUAUAAAAGCCUGGUUCUCUCACAACCUGACCUGUCCUUGCCUUUCCAGGUACAAACUGAUGCCAGUGGCUUGGGUCUUGGAGCAAUCCUGACACAGAAAAUCAAUAGGGUUGAGAGGGUCCUAGCAUAUUCCUCCAGAGGUCUGAAAGGGGCAGAGUACAACUACUCUACUUCGGAAAAGGAGUGUGUUGCGGUAGUUUGGGCAGUUGAGAAGUGGCGCCAUUAUUUGGAAGGAGUUCCGUUUAUGGUGUUUACUGACCAUGCUGCACUAUCGUGGGCCUUCAAUUCCCCCAAGACCACUUCAAGGUUGACCAGAUGGACAAUAAGACAAUAGGUUCCAAGUGCACUACUGUAAAGCCUGCAUGAAUGUUGUCCCAGAUGCUCUCUUAAGGGCUGCAGAACCUUCAGACAACCCAGUGAUGGCUCCUUAUGUGGCUCGCAAACAAGCAUCUUGUGCCUCUGAUCUGCCGACAUCCCUUGCAGAGAUUGCAUGUGCUCAUAAAAACUGCGUGAGGGAAUUGAAAGCAAGAGGAGACACAGAUGAUGAUCGGCCUGACAGAAUUGGAUGGGAAGUACAAAGACAUUUUGUACAGGACUGUUCCUAUCAAAGGAGAAGGAAUGAAGUACCAACAUGUUGUGCAACUUGUCAGCAUCUUCCUUCAUCCAACAACCCCUUGGGGGCACACCUGGGAAGGCUGAAGACCCUGUUGAAGAUCCUGGAAGUGGCUUGGUGGCCGACUGUCAGGAGAGAUGUCUGGCAACAUGUCAGAGUGCAGUACCUGUCAGUAAUACAAACCUGCUAACAGCAAACCUGCUGGUGUCCUGCAAUCUACAGAGAUAGAGGAGGCAGGCCACAUGAUGGGCAUGGACGUUAUGGGAUCGUUUCCCAAGAGCAAGAAGGGAAAUGCCUUUCUACUUGUGAUUGUAGACUAUUUCACAAAGUGGGUGGCGCUUUUCCCCCUCUGAGACAGCAAGACUCACUCUGCCAAAUUCAGAAAAAUGAAAUCUUCACAAGAUGGGGGGUCCGGGGUCCCUAAAAUUAAUCUCUGAUCGUGGUUCCCAGUUCACGAGGAAAGUCCUCUCAGACCGCUGCAAGAAUUGGGGAGUGAUCCAAAAGCUGACCACCAACUACCACCCUCAGACAAACCUCACUGAAAGGGUCAACAGGACUCUAAAGACCAUGAUGGCGUCUUUCGUGGGAGAGCAUCACCGGAAGUGGGAUAAGGAGUUGCCUGAAUUCCGGUUUGCUAUCAACAACUCCUCUUACGAAUCCACUGGCCGCACCCCUGCAGAACUUGGAAUGAUGUCUGGCAAUCUUGUGGAUUGUUAACCCCAACAACAGAAUUCAUAUGUAGAUCGUUUUAGAGGAUGCCAUGAACAUUGAGCUGUUUAUAAGGGAAUCUCCACCAGGACGGAUUUUCCUCUUCCUCAACCAUCUGGUGAGAUUGAUCCUGUUGACAGUAUUAGUUUGGAUUACUUAUAUUUUUGCAUUUUGAAGGGGAUUGCUCAUUUUGAUUUUUGAUUGUUUGGGGUCUAACUGAAUUGCGAUUGUGAAUUUAAACACAUGACAAUAUAUGCUUAUUUUGCUCAAUUUAUUCAUUUUGUCUGUCUUGCUUCGGUCAAUCUCAUAGAAACAAAGUAUUUCUUUGAACCUUUAUAUGGUUGCAUAGUUUGCGAUCGAAGCUGAUUGUUACUAUAGGCCUAUAUAUCUCUAUGUAGGCCUAUGGCUCCCUGGUCCACAUACACUUUUUUUUUUACACAUCCUGUAGGUCAAUGACUGUCUCCCAUUUAGAUAUUAUCUCUAAGCAGCCUCACCCUGUCCAUUAGCUUUCGUUCUCUUAUCUCUCUCUCUCUCUCUCUCUCUCUCUCUCUCUCUCUCUCUCUCUCUCUCUCUCUCUCUCUCUCUCUCUCUCUCUCUCUCUCUCUCUCUCUCUCUCUCUCUCUCUCUCUCUCUCUCUCUCUCUCUCUCUCUCUCUGUGUUUCUCACAUUUUCCUUAUGUACAGUGCAUUCGGAAGGUAUACAGAUCCCUUGACUUUUUCCACAUUUUGUUACAUUACAGCCUUAUUCUAAAAUGUCCUCAUCAAUCUACACACAAAACCCCAAAAUAACAAAAUAAAAACAGACUGUGUCGAAGGUUCACCUUCCAACAGGACAAUGACCCUAAGCACACAGCCAAGACAACACAGGAGUGACUUCGGGACAGGUCUCUGAAUGUCCUUGAGUGGCCCAGCCAGAGCUUGGACUUGAACCGGAUCUAACAUCUCUGUAGAUACCUGAAAAUAGCUGUGCAGCAAUGCUCCCCAUCCAACCUGACAGAGCUUGAGAGGAUCUGCAGAGAAGAAUGGGAGAAACUCCCCAAAUACAGGUGUGCAAAGCUUGUAGCGUCAUACCCAAGAAGGCUCGAGGCUGUAAUCGCUGCCAAAGGUGCUUCAAUAAAGUACUGAGUAAAGAGUCUGAAUUCUUAUGUAAAUGUGGUAUUUCUGUUUUUUUACAUUUAAUACAUUUGCAAAGAUGUCUAAACCUGUUUUCGCUUUGUCAUUAUAGGGUAUUGUGUGUAGAUUGAUGUGAAAAAAAUUAACAAUUUAAUCAAUUUUAGAAUAAGGCUGUGACAUAACAAUGUGGAAGAAGUCAAGGGGUCUGAAUACUUUCCGAAUGCACUGUAGUUUAUGAAAGUUCUACCAGGAAGGCUGGUCUGAAUGCUUGAUUAACAUCAUCCAGUAAUCAUCACGCAAUUCACUUUGUCUCCUAUUCUACUGGCGUCUUGUUUCUUCUCCUCUUUCCUAUUAGCCAUGUGCGGAAUGUCAUUCACCUAUUUACCCUUUGCCUAUAAGCACGGCACAAUAAUGCACAGUCCUCACGCUUGCUGUUUAACCUAUGGGCUCAUGUUGUAAUUAUCACCUUCCUCUCUCAACCAAUGGGUGUAAAUCUUGGGAUGUAUUUAUAUGUCAACUUACCCUCGUUCUCUCACUUGCUGUUUUUCAGCAGCACCUCCUCACCACCACCAGCUAUAAUAACCUUGAGGCCUGUCAUUGGAGCUCCUCUCCCCCAGUGGGGGGGGGGGGGGGUUCGAUGCCAGCAGCCCCACAUAGGGCUACCUGCCAUCACAUCAUCUGGCUCCGAGGAUCUUCCCUCGGAGACGAGGCCGUUCCCCGAAAUAUUUAAUACAAUUUAAUAUUGUAUUCAGUCUCUUUUGUUUUUAAUUCAGCCUGUUCUCUCUGUUUCUCUCAAUCGCUCUCCCUCGUCUUUUCUGCUGUGUCACUGCCUAUCUACGUCGAGAUGGGGUGAUGCUCUGGUAACCAGGGGCAACGCUGGCAGAGCACGGCGCACUGCUCCCUGGGAUACAUGCAAAUCUCCUCCUGCUCUUUCGCUGUCUUUCUCUCCCUCCUCUUUUCUUCUUGUCGUCUCUCCUUUCUCUCUCUCACUCAUUUGCAUUGGAUAUGAUUCCAAUUUCCAAAACUUUAUGUCAUUUGCAUUGAUCCUUUGGGAGUUUAUUGCCCUGUCAUGUUUCAAAGUGAUGUUAACUGACUGUGUGUGUGCUUUGUAAUGUGUGUCUCUCUCUCUAGGUGUGGGACUAUGAGGCAGGGGACUUUGAGCGGACACUGAAGGGCCAUACAGACUCUGUCCAGGACAUCUCCUUUGACCAGACGGGCAAGCUGCUGGCUUCCUGUUCUGCAGACAUGACCAUCAAGCUGUGGGACUUCCAGGGCUUCGAGUGCAUCCGCACCAUGCACGGUGAGGGGCUGAGGUGUGGUUGUGUGUUCCUUCAAGUGGUAUAACAGCAUAACAAGCACUAUUUACCAAUGUAUACCUACCUCAGGAUUUCCCUUAGGAAAAUUUGGCGCCGGACAAUGUGACCGGCAAGAUUUGAAUUUACCAGACAUUUCAGAAAUUUACCGGACAUCCAUAUGCAUAUACAGUAAUAAAGCACAACUUCAAAAUAUAUUUGUUUAAUAUAAAAUGCGAACGACCUGUCCUAUUGGCUAUUUGCAUGAAAAUGUUAGGCCUCUUUAAUUUAAUUUAGCCUAGGCGUGAACAUUUUAAUUAGGCCUAAUAAAUAACAAAACAUGUCUGUCUACGAACAGCAGGGAUCCAGCUUUUGUCAAAUAACGUCAGAUUUGGCUUUUCAUGGCAGGUUAGGAGAAUUAACAUAGCCAGUUAGGAGAAUUAGGUUAAGGUUAGGAAAAGGUUAGGGUUAGCUAAAAUGCAAAGAAAUCAACUUUUGACGUUAAUUUGACAAAAGCUGGAUCCCUUCUAGCCAUGAUCGAGCCGUGAUAUAUGCCUAAGGCCGAGACAUUAAGAAGAUACAGUGGCAGAAUAAAUUCAACCACACCUUUUUGUUUAAUCACAAAACCGGAGAGCAACCGGUGAAGUCCACAAAGCAUAUUGCAUGUAACAAACAGUUGCAUGACCUACUGCAUGGUCAAGAACAUUUUCAUGUUUCCAACAUUUUCAGACCUAAACACCUAUUGAUUUAGAACCACGGAGAGUUACUGCAAGUCGCAAAGGAAACAGGAGCUGGCUCCACUAUUCCAGCACCAUUUCAACAUCAACAUUUCAACGUCAUCAAAUCACCUAUGCUUAGUCUAAUACAGUGACAACUAAAAGAUGCCAAAAACUAUUUAAUCCAAUUAACGUAAACUACACUGAACAAAAAUAUAAAUGCAACAUGUAAAGUGUUGGUCCCAUGUUGAGCUGAAAUAAAAAAUCCCAGAAAUGUUUCAUAUACACAAAAAGCUUUUUUCUCUUAAAUGUUGUGCACAAAUUUGUUUACAUCCCUGUUAGUGAGCAUUUCUCCUUUGCCAAGAUACUCCCUACACCUGACAGGUGUGGCAUAUCAAGAAGCUGAUUAAACAGCAUGAUCAUUACACAGAUGCACCUUGUACUGGGGACAAAAGGCCAGCACAAUGCACAAUGCCACAGAUGUCUCAAGUUUUGAGGGAGCGUGCAAUUGGCAUGCUGACUGCAGGAAUGUCCACCCGAGCUGUUCAGAAAUAAUAUAAUGUUAAUUUCUCUACCACAAGCUGCCUCUGUCAUUUUAGAGAAUUUGGCAGUACGUCCAACUGGCCUCACAACCGCAGACCACGGUGUAACCACGCCAGUCCUCCACAUCUGGCUUCUUCACCUGUGGGAUCGUGGGGGUGGGGGUUGCUGAGUAGUAUUUCUGUCUGUAAUAACGCCUUUUUGUGGGGGGGAGAAUAAACUCAUUCUGAUUGGCUGGGCCUGGCUCCCCAGUGGGUGGGCCUGGCUGCCAAGUGGUUGGGCCUAUGCCCGCCCAGGCCCACCCAUUACAUUUUACAUCUUAGUCAUUUAGCAGACGCUCUUAUCCAGAGCGACUUACAGUUAGUGAGUGCAUACAUUAUUUUAUUUUUCAUGCUGGCCCCCCGUGGGAAUCGAACCCACAACCCUGGCGUUGCAAACGCCAUGCUCUACCAACUAAGCUACAUCCCUGUCAGCCAUUCCCUCCACUACCCUGGACGACGCUGGGCCAAUUGUGCGGUCGGGCCGGCUACGACAGAGCCUGGAUUCGAACCAGGAUCUCUAGUGGCACAGCUAGCCUUAGACCACUGCGCCACUCGGGAGGUCACCCAUGGCUGCACCCCUGCCCAAACAUGUGAAAUCCAUAGAUUAGGGCCUAAUGAAUUUAUUUAAAUUGACUGAUUUCCUUAUAUGAACUGUAACUCAGUCAAAUCUUUGAAAUUGUUGUAUGUUAGGUUUAUAUUUUUGUUGUGGCUGUCCAUGGUUCUGGUGUGUGUGUGUGUAAGUAGAAAAAACAUGUUGACUCACCCUACGCCAAUGCCAUCUUCCUCUCUUUCAUGUUGACAAACGGUCUAUAACUCUGUCAUACAGUACCCGCUUUUAUUUUUUGUUGUCCUAGGCUACCUGGUUAAAAUGCUUGCUCAUUAGCCUAACUUCUGUUCAUGGGAAACAUAAGCUAGUUAACAUUAGCCUUUUACAUCUAGCUACAUAUUGAACUUCCAUCUUCUCAGUACAGGGUCACCAUCAAUUUUAUGGUUGGUAUGAUCAGAAUCACUGUUAUAAUCACUGUUAUAAAAAAGUCAAAAUCCAUAUCUCCAUCCAUGGCUAAUUUAAUCAAGGGACAAUUUUAGCUAGCUAGCCACCGGAGGACAACAACGAGAUGUUUCUAUCGAUGACGUAUUUCUAUGUGAUAGGAUUGAAGCCAGGACCAUUCACAGUCGAGCUCACUCAGUUUAGUUCAUCACUGUGAUUGGCUAUUAUUUAAUGUUUUUUUAUCAAGGGAGGCCAAAUGUUCUCUUUAUGACCAGACCGCAUCAGAUAGAUGGCCUACUGAAACAGAGGGUUACUGUUUUGCUCGCUCGGAUGCUUUCUCCGGUGAGAUAUAUUUAGCCUCUUGCGAAUUGAAGGAACAUUUAUGAAAACACAGAGACUAAAGAUAAUUGUUUAUUUUCUUGGUAAAUUUUUUGGGGAAGCCAUGAAUACACGCCACUGAAUAAAUGUUAGUUCAAAUUACAAUAAACAUAUCGUGGGGUCGUGACUCGUGUCUUAUGUGGUAUACGUGGCUUAUUGAUAACUGUUUCCUACUAUAGGCAGUUGGCUGCCUAGUGAUUGCAACACUAAUUCUCAGAUGAGAAUAGUUGGCAAUGAUGUUUCGUUUCCAAGUGCUACUGAAAAAGCUCAACUGAAAUGCACCAAUUGCACGUGAUGCAUAUCAUUACUCUACUCUACCAAUCCAUUCCAAAUCUUUAUACUAUACAUGACACGGGCGGCAUAUGUUGAUCUUGUCUAGGGCGACAGCAAGAACUGCUAGGACCGGGCCAGAUGAACACAAUUUGCCUCUAAUUUAUUGCGUUUUUGUGGCGUACCUUGGCCUGCUCAAAGUGAGCUGGUGCUGUUGGGAAGUCAAAACUGUCCAACUCCUUGGAGCAGCUUGCGAUGCGGAUCAGCCUUGUUACUUUGUCCUCAAGAACACGUGAUCUUGAGGCAGUCUUUUAAUGGAGAAAAAAUCCCCUCGGCAGGCACACUGGAAACUGGGAUUAUAACACAAUCUUCGGCAAUUUUGCCCAGUCGGGUACACCUUAUGAGGACCUCGCAUCUUUUGUGUGAGUUAAAAUAGAAACACACUAAUUUCCAAGCAGCUAGAUUUGCCUUAGAAGUAGGAGCACAUCGACUGGUAUUUUCAUCAAUGAAUAAAAGCAUUAUUUUGCAAUGGAUUUUAUUUUUUUCGGACAAUUAGGCAGACAACAAUUUUAUCGGCUUUAAAUGUUAUCAUCCGAAAGCUGGCAUUUACCGGCUAACGGAAACCCUGACCUACCUACACUGUUGUUAGUGUACUUACAUGGUUACUACCAUAGAAAUAGAAUUCAAGCAGAAUUCUAGCCCACCAAUUAAGACAAUCCACAGCCUCCCACCUAAUAUCCCAGCUUCGUACCGAAACAGGGUUGAUCUCAAAUGACAGUUGUGAUCAAUAAUUACAUUUACAUUUUAGUCAUUUAGCAGACGCUCUUAUCCAGAGCGACUUACAGUUAGUGAGUGCAUUCAUUAUUUUUUUUAUAUAUUUUUUUCAUACUGGCCCCCCGUGGGAAUCGAACCCACAACCCUGGCGUUGCAAACGCCAUGCUCUACCAACUGAGCUACAUCCCUGCCGGCCAUUCCCUCCCCUACCCUGGACGACACUGGGCCAAUUGUGCGCCGUCGCAUGGGUCUCACGGUCGCGGCCGGCUACGACAGAGCCUGGAUUCGAACCAGGAUCUCUAGUGGCACAGCUAGCACUGCGAUGCAGUGCCUUAGACCACUGCGCCACUCGCAGAAACUUUUACUUUGAUUUAUAUUGCACUGAAGCCUCUGUAGAUCUCUUGGCAGAUGCUUUCCUCUCAAGUUUACCAAUACCCAAGCUAACAGAUGCAGUGAGAAUAGAUUUUGAUAAACCAUUUACCACUUCAGAAAUUUUACAAGCCAUUAAGUCCUUAAAAAAUGGCAAAGCACCAGGACCAGACGGGUUCUCAGGUGAAUUUAAGACAUUUGCUAAACCGCUCCGUCCACUUUUAGCCUCAGCCUAAUCCCACUGCUUUGAUACAAAAUCUCUACCCCAGACGUUUUAUCAAGCCACUGUCACUCAUCCUAAAGAAAGAUGAGGACCCUCUCUCACUUUUGGAUUAGAUAUUAGCUAAAACCCAAGCAAUUUGCCUUAAGGCUGCCUUACCUUCUAUAAUCAACGCCGAUCAGACAGGCUUUAUUAAAAUCAGGGAUUAUUUUUUGUAAAUUUCACACACCUGUUUAAUAGUGGCACCGGUCUCCCGAGUGGCGCAGUGGUCUAAGGUACUACAUCGCAGUGCUAGCUGUGCCACUAGAGAUCCUGGUUCGAAUCCAGGCUCUGUCGUAGCUGGCCGCGACCGGGAGACCCAUGGGGCAGCACACAAUUAAAGAGCGUCUGCUAAAUGACUAAAAUGUAGGUGUGUCCAAACGUUUGACUGGUACUGUGUGUAUAUAUAUAUAUAAAAUAAUGAUUCUAUAUAUUUGGUUACUCUUAUGUAAUCACUGUGCUAUACAAGGUAGGUACUGUAAAGUGGGACUGGUUCUUUGUAUUAGGCUUACUCUCUUUCCCUCUCUCUCUCUCCUCCGUCUGUCUGUUUCAGGUCAUGACCAUAACGUGUCGUCUGUAGCCAUCAUGCCCAACGGAGACCACAUAGUCUCCGCCUCCAGAGACAAGACCAUCAAGAUGUGGGAGGUGGCCACUGGGUGAGACACAGAAACACACUUAUCUCACUUAUCAGGUGCUGAAAUACUUAAUCCAGUGGCAGACACAUUCUGGUGUUGCAAAAUGUCCAGGAUUUGAGUUUUGCUGCAGGUGUGUGUGUCUUUGUGUAUAACUCUGUUUCUUUCUUUAGGUACUGUGUGAAGACGUUUACAGGCCACAGGGAGUGGGUGAGGAUGGUCCGGCCCAACCAGGAUGGUUCUCUUAUCGCCAGCUGUUCCAACGACCAGACGGUGCGUGUGUGGGUGGCCACCUCCAAGGAGUGUAAGGCUGAGCUGCGAGAGCACGAACACGUGGUGGAGUGUAUCGCCUGGGCCCCCGACACCGCUCACCCUACCAUCCUGGAGGCUACCGGCUCGGAAGUGAGGAGAACCUCUAUACAUACACACUAACCCUAAACCUCACUCAGUAACCCAGUGUUUCCCAAACUCCGUCAUGUGGACCCCAAGGGGUGCACGUUUGUUUUUGACCUAGCACUACAGGGUUGAUUCAACUAAUCAUCAUCCUUUGAUUAUUUGAAUCAGCUGUAUAGUGCUAGGGCAAAAAACAAAACAUGCACCCCUUGUGGUCCCUAGGACCGAGUUUGGGAAAUGCUUCAGUAAACCUAUUUGGUUAGGGUUGCAAAGUUUUGAGAACUCUAUGAAAAUUCCCAGGUUUACCAGAAAUCCUGGUUGGAAGAUUCAGGAAGGAAUAAGCAGGAAAUCCGUAGAAAGGAGAAGUGUAGCUAGUGUCAAACCAUUCUGUAAUCCUCAGUAAUUUUCUAGAUAUUAAUUUCAAACCCUUGGGUACUUUAUGCAGGUUAACAAUGUAACGGUCCAUACAUGCUCUUGUUUUUAAAUGGGCUAAAUGCUAUUUUUAGUAUUUUUGCUUUUUUAAUGAUGAUGAGCAUAUUCUCUCUCCCCCUUUUUCUCUCUCGCUCUUUUUCUCUCGCUCUCUUUUUCUUUCUUUCUUUCUCUCCCUCUCUCUUUCUCUCCCCCCCCCCCUCCCUCUCUCGUUCUCUCUCUCUGUAGAGUAAGAAGAAUGGGAAGUCCGGUCCGUUCCUUCUCUCUGGCUCUAGAGAUAAGACCAUCAAGAUGUGGGAUAUUAGCACUGGCAUGUGCCUUAUGACUCUGGUGAGUGUUUGUGUGUAACAUUUGUGUGUUUGUUACCACCUCCUCAGGUAACACGAUUGGUUUCCAUUGAUUUCCAAUGUGUUUUUUUUCACAGGUUGGUCUAGUUUAGUGUUUUCCAACGCUGGUCCUCAAGUACCCCCAACCGUACACAUUUUCGUUGUAGCCCCGGACAAACACACCUCAUUCAACUCAAGGGCUUGAUGAUUAAGUUGAAUCGGGUGUGCUUGUCUUGGGCUACAAUAUAAAUGUGUACUGUUGGGGGAACUCGAGGACUGAAGUUGGGAAACACUGGUCUAGUGUGUGUAACGUGUGUUCUCUCCUCUAGGUGGGUCAUGAUAACUGGGUGCGUGGAGUGUUGGUGCACCCUGGAGGCAGGUUCAUAGUGAGCUGUGCUGAUGAUAAGACUCUGAGGAUCUGGGACUACAAGAACAAGCGCUGCAUGAAGACCCUGUGUGCCCACGAACACUUUGUUACCUCUCUGGGUGAGAGUGUGUCCAUGUGUCUGUCUGUGUACAUUCCCUUAAAAUGUAGUACAUCUAGUCAAAACCACCUGUGUGUGUGUGUGAUCGCCAACACACUUCUGCCAGUUCCACAGUUCUGCCUCCACCCAGUCCAUCAUCCAUUGUGACUUACAUCUGUAUCUCUUGUGUUACAGAUAUGCACCGGACUGCUCCAUACGUGGUAACAGGCAGCGUUGAUCAGACAGUCAAAGUGUGGGAGUGUCGCUGAGUCUGCCUGCAACCUCCCUGUCCUCAUCCUCCUCUCUAACCCACAACCACAGCCCUAUCCCCCCCCCCAACUUCCUCUAUCCCCCCCCAACAGCAGCCCUAUAACCCCCUCCUCCCCCCUAUCCUAUCCUACCCUGUCUCUUUGACACUCACCUAAGCCCCACCUCUCGCACUCCAUACCAUGGUUACCCAGGCUCCCCCUCUGCCCCCUAUCCCUCACCCCCUCCCCUGUUAAAAUAAAUAUUGUCCUUUUAUGUAAAUUAUUCUGGAUAUAGAGUACGCUUAAUAAAUGUUACACACUCUAACACACACAUUCUCUCACACACACUAAAAGCGAAAAGUAUUCCUUGCAUGGUGAAUUCCUCCAAAACUUGUAUACUGUAAAUUUUCAUUCCGUUGUCAUGACGUCCUGAUGGGGGUCAAGGGGUAAAUGGUUUGUGUGUUCUGCCCCAGUGGAUGCUGGGUAAUUGUGGCACAGUGCACGCAACCCAAUCACGUAUGUCCUUUAAGGGUUUGGUUUAAUUUAGUUUCUUGCCUCUGCUAUUAUAGUCUGACGCUACCUGGGAGAGAGGGAAGGAGAGGAGUGCGAAAGAAGGAUGAGAGGAUGACAUGGGGAGGAGAAGGAGGAGAAUAA